GGACCCACAGAUAAAUUGAGUAUCCCUGUCGUUACUGGCUGUAAACUGUUAAAUGAUGCAAGCACGACCAGCCUCUCCUCAAUAUGCAACUUGUAAAGCUCUGAGCUUAUAACUGCAACGGGUGGUAUUUGAAUAAAGAGUUUGUAGCCUAUUUUGAAGACAGCCGACGCACCAACAAUUUCAUCAUUAGAAUGGGGAGCGAUAGUGAGAUUCUCAGCCGUGAGUUGUCGAAGAUGUCUGAUGAGGAUUUACUCGCUUGUUCCAAGGAAGAACUGGUGAGUCGUCUUCGUAAAGAAGAAUCAGAAAAGAUGUCAGCCCUGAUACAACGCGGGCGACUCAUUAAAGAAGUAAACAAGCAAUUGCAGGGACAUCUACUUGAGAUCAGGGAGCUGAAAGUAAUCAACCAGCGGCUUCAAGAGGAAAAUCAAGAACUGCGUGAUUUAUGCUGUUUUCUUGACGACGACCGAUUGAAGGUGAAGAAACUUGCUCGAGAAUGGCAACUAUUCGGUCAUCACGCCGCCAAAGUGAUGCGCGAGGAUUUGGGUGGAUAUCUGAAGAAGCUUGCUGAUUUGGAGCGUAUGCAAGACGGUUUGGUAAAGGAGAAUUUAGAUCUGAAAGAACUCUGUUUGGUGCUUGAGGAGGAAUGUGUCAGCAGAAGCGAUUCUAGCCCUGGAGGGUCAACUGAGCUCAAUCUGCCUUGUAUGGUGGCCCGGGACCUUGGUGAUGGAAGCUCGAGCACUGGAAGCGUGGGGAGCCCGGAUCAGCUCCAUCUGGUGUGCUCGCCUGACGACUGACCCAAGAUUGGAGUCAUCACUCACCUGCACUCUCAUAAAGGAGACACAGAGCGAUUUGAUCAGUGUCUACAGACUUAAGAGAACUAAAAGGUUUACAUUUCUUGCUGUUUUAUCACUUAGCUCUAGAUUAGUCCAGACUUUUUAUGAAGUAGUUCUACCUUUUCAAUAUGGACAAUAUUGGCUACACAUGCCACUAGUACCUUGA